CACCGGGGUGCCGGCGACUCACCCGGAAGGAGAAGCCGGGAAGCUGGCUGUGUGCUGAGGUGCACGGGCGGUGUCGCCGUGGGGAGCCGCCGGCGCCGCUGUUGCUCUCAGGAGCCUGCCCGGAUCAUUUGUUGGCAGUACAUAUUGGCUGAAGUCAGUUUUCAUUUCAAGAUGUGUUCUUCCAGCGGGCUUUUGGUGUAGGAUGUCGGAGGCCCAAGAGCAGGAGGAGGUGAUCACAGUACGGGUUCAGGACCCCCGGGUGCAGAAUGAGGGCUCCUGGAAUUCCUACGUGGAUUAUAAGAUAUUCCUUCAUACCAACAGCAAGGCCUUUACUGCCAAGACUUCGUGCGUGCGGCGUCGCUACCGUGAGUUUGUGUGGCUGAGAAAGCAGCUACAGAAGAACGCUGGCUUGGUGCCUGUGCCUGAACUUCCUGGGAAGUCGACCUUCUUCGGCAGCUCCGAUGAGUUUAUUGAGAAACGACGACAAGGUCUUCAGCACUUCCUUGAAAAGGUCCUGCAGAGCGUGGUCCUCCUGUCAGACAGUCAGUUGCACCUCUUCCUGCAAAGCCAGCUCUCAGUGCCCGAGAUAGAAGCCUGUGUCCAAGGCCGCAGCCCCGUGACUGUUUCAGACGCCAUUUUGCGCUAUGCGAUGUCCAACUGUGGCUGGGCCCAAGAAGAGCGGCAGAGCUCGUCUCCCCUGGCAACAGGGGACCAGCCCAAGAGCUGCUGCUUUCUGACGAGAUCCAGCAGGAGGAGGAGCUCUCCCUCGCCUCCUCCCAGUGAGGAAAAGGACCACGGCGGAGUGUGGACUCCUGGUGUGGACUCCGAGGGCCCUUCCUUGGAAUGUCCCAGCAUCCCCGCCCUGUCCGCAUCGCCACACUGUGAUUCUGCAAGAGCUGCCGACGGGAGCACCAUUCCUGCAGGAGGGGACCACGCUGUGCCUUUGGACCCUGGUCAGUUAGAAGCACUUUGGGAAAAGUGAGCUAUGAGCUCUGGCCUGGGCCCUGUUUUAAGGUGCUGAAGAUGCAGGCCAGGGGAUUUGUUUGGUGGUAUCAGGCACGGGGCAGGUAGGGGAGGAGGUGCCUAGUGGCUCGCAGCCACUUCUGCACAGGCUGGCUGCACAGGGGUGGGGGUGUGACCGCUCCCUGCACCUCUCCCAAAGGAAUCUUACUGUGAAGAUGUUUGCAAGUGAAGCACAAGGCCCGGAGGCUGUUGGUUUUCAACAGAGCCCACACUGACCCUCCUGGGGUUGGUUUCUAUGCCCACCACCCCAGGUAACUGGUGGCAGGGCCCUGGAAGAGAGGCAGAUCCUGAUGCCAUCCAGGAGUGCUCCCUUCUGGCCUCCCAUCCUGGCCACCUGCCGUUUCCCUGAAGCCCCAGAGCACUUGGCUUCCGGGAGGCUGGCCUCACGUCUACCUCCUUGCAGGGCCAGCGGACACCACAUGGUGAACAUUUACCCUUCCGCCUACUUGCUGCACCUGCAGUGACACCACCGGCUGGAACUGGUGCCGUGACUGCGCUGCCUGGGGCUUCGAGCACCGGGACCCUGGCCUGGCCAAGUAGGGAGAGAGGUGAUUUGCCAUGGCUAGAAGGAAAGCAAACAGCCGGCAGGCUUGGGUUUGCAAAAGGCUGGCCUGGACUGUCCCGUGUCUCAGGUUUAAGCCGAGCCCUGGCGAUCUUUCCUGCUGGUGAGAGUGGGUUGCUUUCUUUCUCGGUCUUUUUUCCUCACCCCAGGGCUUCCGCUGGCACAGGCGUCCUCUGGGGAGGCUGUGUGCUGGGUCCUGUGGGGAGGGAGGGCUUUGUGUCUGCCUAGAAGAGGGGGCUGUGUAGACAGGGCUGAGAAACUAUGCGUACCUGCCUGCAGACGGCGAGGCGUCCUGCUACCUUGCCGCCAUCCCUCCUCCACCGAGAGCCAGAGCUGCCAGGAGCCUCGGGCACCCUGCGUGGUGCUGGUCUCUGGUUGGGGAGCAAGCUGCUUUGCCCUCUUGCCCACUCCUGCCGCCCCUGGUCAUCCCACCUUAUCUGUGGACUCUUUUUCCUACCAGCCUGUGCUGUGAGAUGUCAGGAUAUUUGGUUCAAGGUUGAGGAGCUUUGGCCUGAAAUAAAAUGCAAAUAUUA